UCUCCUCCCUGGGGGCGCGGGCGGGGCGGUAGCUCGCCCCGCGCUGGGGACCUCUCCCCGGCUCCCUUCCCCCAGCCCCGUCGCCCCGCCCCCGCCGGGCUGGGCUGCGGGGGCAGGGGCCAAGCGGAGCGGGUUAUCAUUUAAUAUGGAAGGAGAUGAGUUCUUUGGAGAAAAAACAUUCCAGCGUUAUUGUGCAGAAUUCAUCAAACAUUCACAGCAGAUAGGCGAUGGUUGGGAAUGGAGAACUUCAAAGGACUGUUCUGAUGGCUACAUGUGCAAAACGCAUUUUCAAAUUAAAAAUGAGAUGAUGGAAUCACAACCUGGAACAUCUGCCCAUGUGCAGACGUGUCUUCCCAUGGAGGAGGCUUUAGAGUUACCGCUGGAUGAUUUUGAAGUGACUGAGACCGCAGCAGCAACUGAAGUGGUUAAAUAUGAGUAUCAUGUCUUAUAUUCCUGUAGCUACCAAGUGCCUGUGCUUUACUUUAGGGCAAGCUUUUUAGAUGGAAGACCUUUAGCUCUGAAGGACAUUUGGGACGGAGUACGUGAGUGCUAUAAGACACGGCUGCAGCAGGGACCAUGGGAUACUAUUACCCAACAGGAGCAUCCGAUACUUGGGCGACCCUUUUUUGUACUUCAUCCCUGCAAGACGAAUGAAUUCAUGGCUCCUGUGUUAAAGAAUGCUCGGAAAAUCAAUAGGAAUGUCAACUACAUCACAUCUUGGCUGAGCAUUGUAGGGCCAGUUGUUGGGCUGAAUCUACCCCUGAGCUAUGCCAGAGCAGCCUCUCAGGAUGAAUGAAAUGUCGAUCAAAAAGAUUCUUCUAUUGAGUCAAAGAGCUUAGAUAUUGCAGCAUGAAGAACUCUGAAAGUUUACAUGGCUGACCCUGGCUUUAACAGGACCAGGUUCGUGAGUUUUCAGCUCACCAAGAUUUUGACAUGGAUUUUUUUCCCCUCAGAAGCAAAUGUCUGCAGCAACUGAUAUACCGUAUGUUUCAAAGAAACACCUCAAAGACACAAAUCAAUGUAAAUAGCAAAAUAUAAAUGUAACUCAAGAAUAGAAAUGCUGACAUCACUAGGGCAUUUCCAGGUCAUUCUUUCAUGUUUCUGAGACUUGUCUUCUUUAUCUUUAACGUGAGAAUAACAAGCUACCUCAAUGGGGCUGCUAUGAGAACCAUGUGAGAUCAUUAAUACAUGAGAAAAUAUUGUAAAGUAUUAUACAAAUAUUCAUUAAAUUCUCACCUUUCUGAUACUUGAUUGUUGUUCACCCAGUCUGUCAAUAAGUUUACCAACCAAUAAGUUAGUAAGAUGAACCUAAUCUGGAAACAUUUUUGGUUUUAGGAUUGCUUGUUUUGAUUUUCAUUUUAACUUGCUAGGGGCUGAAACUAAGAGAAAAAUGUAACUGGCUCUUUAGAGCAUCUUGAUUAGUGCCUGUCGGUAAGGGAUGCACUUUAAAAUCACCUGAGGAUCUUUUACAAGUACAAAUGCUGAGCCCUGCCUUCUGAAACAGCUUCUCUGGGGUGAUUCCGAUGCACAUACUCCUGGGGAACCUCUGGUCUGGAAGUGCCUUUAGUGUGGCAUUUAUUUGUAUUGUUUUGAUCUCCCAACAAGCCUUUUCCAAUUUGUGUAUAGCUCUGGCAAGCUGGACUGACUCCUAACAUUUGUCUGGGCAUUGGCCGGAGACUUAUGGACAGUAAAAGGAUGUCCAGGAGGCAUUUGUUCUGGAGUAAGCCGUUAGGGUGAGGGAAUUGUCUGCUGGUGAAUCAAAGAGGAUUCGCUGUAGGUUAAGGGCUGAACUUUCACAGAGGGAGCAUAAGUAGAGAAGGGUUAAUUCAAACUGCUGGAAAAGCUAAAAGUAAAUUUUAAAAUGCUGAGUUGCACAUAUUCAUGCUGGGAUGAGAGGCUGCUUACAUGCUUGGUGGGCAUUUUGGUAUUUACCACUUAACAUCUUUCCAAGUUCUGCAAGGGAUUUUUUCCCCCUACUCUUCCUAAUGUAAAUACAGAUUUCUCAGCAAGUCAUUUCUCAAGCCAUGUCAUUUCUGGGGUUUUAAAAAAAUUAUAUAUAUAAAAUAAUGUGUCAUCUGGAUUAUGUGCUUGUCUAGAAAUAUUAGUUAUCUUUUGCUAACAGAUUCUGAGAUGAUAGUAGUUUAUCAGUUUGGGGCCAGUGUUUAGUUUUGUUUAAAGUUAAAAAUAUUAUUAUUUUUCUCUGAUUGAUGACCUGAAAAUUCAUCAGUGGCAGAAAAAUUUCUGAAGCGCUCACGUAGGUGGUGGAGACCUCCCUCCCCAGAUAGAUCCCUCUCUUCAGGCAGCUCUGUUUCUUUUCAGAAUGUUGUUCACUUAAAAAGCUUGUAAUUUUUGGUUGAUAAAAAUUUUCAUUUUUGAAAGUACAGUUAUAUAACAGACUGUUAUCCUAACAGAAAACAUUAGAAAAAAAUUUUUGUUUUGUCAAAGUAACAGUUUUUCCUCUGGAAUAUGAGGAUUUUUCCUCUGGGUUUCCUCUCUAGCUAAUACAAGAAAAAGCCCUUUCAGUCAGAAAUAAGGCUGAUUAAAGCUGCUACCAGCCAAUCUCCUAAACUCUGAUUUUUAUGUGACCUUGGAAAAAUUGCUUCACCUUGUUUGGUCUUCAGUUUUCUUGUUUGCAAAAUGAGGAAAUUUAGCUAUGUGACUUGUGAGGGAGGCCCAGUGCAAUGCUUAGGUCUGCAAACUUGAGAAAUAAAUCGUGAGUCUGGUUA